GGCGCGGGCGCCGGCGGCGGGCCAUGCCUGGGGCCGGGGCCCGCUCAGAGGAGGGCGGCGGAGGUGAGGGACCGGCGCCGGGAGCCGGCCCGGAGGCCGGGGCGGUUGCGGGGCGGGAGCCCUCGCGGCUGUGCGGCUACCUGCAGAAGCUCUCGGGCAAGGGCCCGCUGCGCGGCUACCGCAGCCGCUGGUUCGUGUUUGACUCGCGCCGCUGCUACCUCUACUACUUCAAGAGCCCGCAGGACGCUCUGCCGCUCGGCCACCUGGACAUCGCCGAUGCCUGCUUCAGCUACCAGGACCGCGAUGAGGCUGCGGAGCCGGGAGCCGAUCCUCCCACGCACUUCCAGGUGCACAGCGCUGGUGCAGUCACGGUGCUCAAGGCUCCUAAUCGUGAGCUCAUGACUUACUGGCUACAGGAGCUUCAGCAGAAAAGAUGGGAGUAUUGCAACAGCCUCGACAUGGUGAAGUGGGACAGUGGGACUUCCCCAACUCUAGGGGAUUUUCCUAAGGGGCUUGUAGCCAGAGAUAACACAGAUAUAAUUUCUCAGCACCCAAAUCCUUCUGCAGAAAAAGCCAGAACUGUGCUCGCUGUGGAAGCUGCCCCUGGAGAGCUGGUGGGAGACCGGGCCGCUCAACAGCCAGCCCCCGGGCAUCCGAAUUCCAUUAACUUUUACUCUCUGAAGCAGUGGGGUAAUGAGCUCAAAAACUCAAUGUCAUCUUUCCGUCCUGGGAGAGCGCACAGUGAGAGUCGCAGGACUGUGUUUUACACCAAUGAAGAGUGGGAACUUUUAGACCCACCUCCUAAAGACCUGGAGGAGUCCUUGGUACAGGAAGAGAGGAAGAAGCAGAUGCCUGAGGGGAGCAAAGGAGUCUCUAGUUCCGGAUUCCCCUUUGAAUUUGGACGAAAUCCUUACAAAGGAAAGCGCCCCUUGAAAGACAUAAUUGGGUCUUACAAAAAUCGCCACAGCAGUAGUGAUCCCUUGAUUGAGGGAACAGCAUCAGGCAGCGGGUGUCUCUCUAAGCCAGUCUCUGAGAUGCAGCUCCAAAUUCAAAGCCAGCAGGAGGAGAUGGAGCAACUCAAGAAGGAUCUGUCCAGCCAGAAGGAGCUCAUUCGGCUACUCCAGCAGACAGUCCGGUCAUCCCAAUAUGACAAGUAUUUCACAAGCCACCAAAUCAGCCAGGGCGUCCCAAGGGACACGCUGGAACUUCUCCACCAAAAGGAUGAGCAGAUCCUGGGCCUCAGCAGCCAGCUGGAGAGGUUUGGCCUGGAGAAGGAGAGUCUCCAGCAGGAAGUGAGGACGCUGAAGAACAAGGUGGGCGAGCUCAAUGAGCGGCUAGGGAUGCUGAUGGAGACCAUCCAGGCCAAGGACGAAGUCAUCAUCAAACUCAGUGAAUGUGAGGGCAACGUGUCUUCACCCACCAUGGGGCCCACCUCUCCUUUGGCCACCCCAACCAGCAGGGACCAGCUGGAGCUGGACAGGCUAAAAGAUAGUCUGCAAGGGUACAAAACCCAAAAUAAAUUUCUAAACAAGGAAAUUUUGGAACUCUCAGCUCUACGAAGAAAUGCAGAAAGGAGAGAGAGAGAUCUGAUGGCGAAGUACUCUAGCCUGGAAGCCAAGCUCUGCCAGAUAGAAAGUAAAUACUUGAUACUGCUUCAAGAAAUGAAGACACCAGUUUGCUCAGAAGAGCAGGGGCCUGCCAGAGAUGUCAUAGCCCAGUUGUUGGAGGAUGCUCUGCAGGUUGAGAGCCAAGAACAGCCGGAGCAGGCAUUCGUUAAGCCUCAUCUGGUCAGUGAGUUUGAUAUCUACGGGUUUAGGACUGUCCCUGAUGAUGAUGAGGAAGAGAAGUUGGUCGCCAAGGUCCGAGCAUUAGACCUGAAGACUCUGUAUCUCACAGAAAACCAGGAAGUUUCCACUGGGGUCAAGUGGGAAAACUAUUUUGCGAGCACAAUGAACAGGGAGAUGGUAUGCUCUCCCGAGCUGAAAAACCUGAUCCGAGCAGGCAUUCCUCAUGAGUACCGCUCCAAGGUGUGGAAGUGGUGUGUUGACCGUCACACUAGGAAGUUCAAGGACAGCAUGGAGCCCGGCUACUUCCAGACCUUGCUCCAGAAGGCUCUAGAGAAACAGAACCCAGCCUCCAAGCAGAUUGAGCUGGACCUGCUGCGGACUCUGCCCAACAACAAACAUUACUCCAGCCCCACAUCAGAGGGCAUACAGAAGCUGCGCAGUGUCCUCCUCGCCUUCUCCUGGAGGAAUCCAGAUAUUGGCUACUGCCAAGGCCUAAACAGGUUGGUGGCAGUGGCCCUCCUUUACCUGGAACAAGAAGAUGCUUUCUGGUGUCUUGUGACCAUCGUGGAAGUCUUCAUGCCUCGAGACUAUUAUACAAAGACUUUAUUAGGAUCCCAGGUGGACCAGCGGGUGUUCAGAGACCUCAUGAGUGAGAAGCUGCCUCGACUGCACACCCAUUUUGAACAGUAUAAAGUGGACUAUACCCUCAUCACGUUCAACUGGUUUCUGGUGGUAUUUGUGGACAGCGUUGUCAGUGACAUCCUUUUUAAAAUAUGGGACUCUUUCCUUUAUGAGGGACCAAAGGUUAUUUUUCGUUUUGCCCUGGCACUUUUUAAAUACAAGGAAGAGGAGAUCCUGAAAUUGCAAGAUUCGAUGUCCAUAUUCAAGUAUCUUCGUUACUUCACUCGAACUAUUCUUGAUGCCAGGAAGUUGAUCAGCAUCGCCUUUGGUGAUCUGAACCCCUUCCCUCUGCGCCAGAUCCGGAACCGGAGAGCCUACCACUUGGAGAAGGUCCGGCUGGAGCUUACAGAGCUGGAGGCCAUCAGAGAGGAUUUCCUUCGUGAGCGGGACACUACCCCUGACAAAGGCGAGCUGGUCAGCGAUGAGGAGGAAGACACUUGAAUGAACCCCAACUCGAGGAUGCUGCUCUUCUUGCCUUUAUAACCAAAAGUAGCAAAGGCACCUCUCUGCACAUCAGCUGCCAGAAUGUAACAUCUGUGGCCUCAGGGUAUCUGCUGGACAGAUGUCCAAAGCUAAGCUGCACUUUCUCGUCUCCCAUGUGGGGCCAUGGGUCUAGUGGCUUUACAGCCAGUUCCUGUUGUAGCAUUCAGUCACAUGCAUCACAGUCAUGCUUGCUGCCUGAUCGAUAACUUGGCCAGUUGACGGUUUCCAAGGCCCAGUUUACAGCAUCUGCCAGUGGUAUGUGUGUUUCACCCUGCAAGAACUGCUUUGCUCCACAUCUCGCCAUGCUCGCUCUUUCUUUUCAAGGGCAGCACUGUGGAGGAAUGCACACCGGGCUUCAGCAAGGCUGCUUCCAGGGGCAAGAGGUCAUCAUAAGAAGAGAGACCUCUUAAAAAAGCAAGCACAACUCUUAUUUAGAACUGGCCUCCCAGGGAGCGUGGGAGCCCUCUGCUGGUGGCUCUGCACUGCCAGCAACACCCCUUUCUGGACUAGCCUUUGCCCUCACCGGCAGCCUUUCAGACUGUAGUGCUCAUCCUGCUCUGUAGCCAGCCCCCACACUUCUCAUUACCAGCUCUUUUGCCAGCUGUCUGUCCCAGUUUGCAGGAGACCUGGCACACCUCUGAGAGCUGCUGUGGAAAGCUCUUCUAGCUAGGAGGUGACUUGUAGACAUCUCCAAGUGUGGCUGGAUUGGGUUACAAAUGAACCUUGCCGUAGGCCCACCCCAGCAUGAAGGGACGUGGGAAACUCAGAUCUGUGGCUUGUGGGAUUCUGGGUGGCAGUGUCCAGGGCUCUGCUAUCACUCCAGCACAAUGACUGGAUGGGGAAUAGGGCUGAUUGCCAGCUUCCUAGAUCUAGAAGCAAGAGUGAUGAGCUCUCCCAGUCUCUGUGUUGCCCAGACCAUCCUUGUCCUCAGCAGGAUCUGGGGCCACUGUGGCCUCUGGCAGAGCCGACUCUGGGGACUUGGAACAUUCCCUUCUUCAAGCCCAGAGAGGGUCUGAACAAGAGAGAUCAUUUUUGCUCAGUCCUGGAGUAUCCCUGAUGGCUGGCUGUCACGAAAAACUAAUCUCUAACAGUGUUAUUGGAACACAAGGGAAACAGCCUGAAGUGGACUAUCUUCCACUACCUGGAAAAAAAUCGGAAACAAUCCUUAGCUAGUGUAAACACACUCAGAUUAAGAACUGGGGCAAGGCAGUUUCGAGAAGUACUUUUUCCAUGACCCAUUUUCCUGUUUUUUGCUGUCUGCCUUCUAGCACUUGAAUGGUUAGGUCAGUUUUUCAGCAUCAAGACUGUGUUCAGCUUCUCUAAGAGUUGCUUCAUUUAUUGGGGCCCGGCUUUUUCGGGCAGCUGUCUGGAACUAAACAGUGGCCUCACUGCUGUUCUCAGGGCCUCCCUGAGACCAAAUGCUGGGAGAACCCCCACCCCUGUGAGUUGAUGUCUGUCAGCCUUGGGGACAGCUGCUGAGGUGGUGCAGUAGGCUGGGGUUGGAGCCUCAUGGCCCAGCUCCAGCUGCCCCAAUUUCAGUUGCCAUGUCAGUUUCCCACUGGAAGUUCAAAUAUGUAUUUGGUGUAAAUGCUCUUUUAGCAGUGGGUUGCUUUUGUCCUGUGUGCCCAGUGGAGGUAUAUUUAAAGCACCUGGUGAUGCUGGAGACAUGGCUUAAAACACAGACCUGGAAUGUGAGGCCCUGGGUUCCAAACCAGCAAUUAACAAAAAAAAAUCCCCAGUAUGCAUGGGUCUCUGUUCUGCCAUUCCUGGAGAGGCAGCGUUAAUUUCCUAGGCAGUUAGCACUGGUGACCAGGUCAAAGUCUCAAGAGGUCCAGAGGGAAUGUACACUUAGAGGCUCUUCUCCCUGGAAUAAAUGAUUCAGUGUCUGGAGAGCAAAGAAGGAAUGGUUGCUCUCCUCCUACUUUGGUGACAGCUUGACAGAGGCUCCUCCCAGAGGCGUAACUCCAAUGAUUUGAGCCAUCACCUCUCAUGCCCUCAUCACUGAGACCUGUCUUUACCACCCAGUGCAGGCUCCAGUCUUCUACCAACCACUAUGGCAGGUGCCCCUAAAGUCAGAGCUGCUCCUGCUGCUGUGCUUCUGAACCUUUACCCAGCAUGCUGCCCGCGGCUCCUGCCUGGUGAGCCUUGUGGGCUGAGAAACCCAAAGCAUAGCCUCCAGCAUGUGGGUCCAAAUGCUCAUGCCACAGUAGGGAGACACCCUGCCCUCAGCGCCCCAUCUGGUGGGACUUACCAAUAUCUCAACUGUUAAUACUUUUAUAUUUUCACUACAUUUUAUAUUUUUAUAGACUAUUUUAUAUUAAGGUUUUUCUAGAUUCUGUACAACUUUUAUAUAACAAGUUCUAUUUUGUGUGCACAACUCCCUUGUAUGUAUUUAUAUCAACCUGAGCCUCCCAAAUUGCAGGUCCAUUUUGGGCCACCUUUCCCCCUUAGCCUUGACCAUCACUCACUUCUGCUCACCCAAGUAGCCCCAGGGCAUGCUGACAGCUGAACAGUAGCUGAUCGCUGUUUACUCCUCUGGUGUUUGUUAGCGAGGGUAUGUUGAUAUGGGACAUACUCCAGGCGAUGCCCAGUCAGGUUCUGUUAACCACGUCCCUGCACAAGCCCUUAUCACUUUGUAUAGGAAUGCCUUCCUGGUGCACCUGCCUCCUGGUGGGUGGCUGGGCCUGGUCACAGAAGUCUUUGAGGACAGGCUGGAUGCAAGCCCAAUAUAUGAGGUUAUUCUGUGGGCAACGGGAGGACUCGAGGGCACGCUCCCAAGGGGCUGUCCUUUCAUAUCACAGCAGCUUCUAUCCUGAUCUUUGAGUUAAAGAUUAGACUUGUAAAGGAAGAAAUAAACUAAUUUGUAUUACAUUCCACCUCGA